CCAACCCACCAACCAACCCGACCUCAAAGGAGUGCUCGAUCAAGAGCUCGGGCGAGCGAUGGAGGGCAACAAGGUCGUGCAGGGAGUGCUAGAGGAGGGCGAGAAGAGAUGCCUCCCGGCGAAGGGGAAAGCAGAGGAGUCCAUUGCGGCGGCGGCGGCAUCGUCUCCGGCAGCCGUCCUCACCUUCCUCAUGCGGCCCCUCUCGCUGCUCCGCCACGCCGCACACGGCUGCGCCGGCUACCUCGGCGGCCUCGCCUCACGCCUGAAAGUGAAACGACCUGCUGCCGCCGCCGCCGAUGCUGCUGCUGCUGCUUGUCAGCCUCAGCAAGAAGAGGGAACCGUCGAGGCUGCAGCUGUUGUGACUGAAGAAGAGGUGGUGGUGGUUCAAGUGCGGUCGAGAGGGCUCAAGGAAGGCAGGGGUGGCAAUGGCGGAAAGCACCACAAAUAGUCUCUCCGUAUGCUUCUACUUAGGGGGUGCAAAUUAGUGAUCUUUAUAUGCAUCUCCAAUCCUCCUAGUUCAAAGUUUUAUACUAAUUUUUUAAAAGUAAAUAUGAUUUUAGAGAAAUAGUACAAUAUUUUGAAUUAGAGAGAGUUAGAGAUGCACUUAAGGAUCACUAAUCGACACUCCUACUUCUACUGUAUAACCCUCCUGCUGCAUUAAUCUUCAUAGACGACACAUGCUCAAUGAAAAUCAGGAGCAGAGUUGGUGUACGAACUCUGAGUUUUUGGAAUUGCAUCACCUCGCCACAACCAUAAAAAUAAACUAGGACUUACUGG